UGUUGAAAAAUUAUCAUUUUUAUGAAAAGGGACGACGAUUGGGAAGACUCUGAGUCACCAAAGAAGCCAAAGAAAAGGAUUUUUCUGAAAUGAAGGAUCUGUAAAAAGAAAUAUAAGCGAAAAGACCACUUGCUGAAUCAUCUGAUGACUUUGCACAAUACUACAGAUAUCGAAGACCCAAAAUGCCAGAAGAGAGUAAGAAGAUUCUGUAAUUUCUACCCAGACUUGUUCGAUAAGGAGGGGAAUCCUUUUAAGUUAUUCCAGAUCGAGAAGAAACAGAAAGGAAAAAUUAUUAGAGGAUCCUCCCCAGUAGAUAAAGCUAAGGAUAUUAAACGUAGUAUCGUUCGGAAACCUAUCGAUAGUCUAAAUAUUCGGCAAAGAUUGGAGAAGGACAGUAAGGUCACUGAUUGACAUCUCUGUGGGAUAAGAUUCGAGUUUCAGCACUUUCUGGAACGACAUUAUGUUAUUGCACAUAAUGUGACACCACUAUACACCUGUAAGGUAUGUCCACAGCCAUUUUUUAUCAGGAAUUCCUUCACUAAGCACUGUAUUUAUCACAAUAUUGGUAUGAAGAAAGAAAAGAAGGAGAAAGAUAGAAAACGGGAGAAGAAGGAAAGAGCGCUGAAGGAGAGAGACUUAGAGAGUACCAAGCAUAUUAUCCCCAAGGCUACUAGGACUUCACCUAGGAAGAAGAGUAGUAAGAAUAAUGGUAUUGAUGGCCUAACAACCAAAGAAACAAAGAUUGAUCUGAGAAAAAAGGAGUUUAAAUAUCUUAGAGGAACUAGAAGAGUAGAAGAUGAUGAGCUUACUACAAGUUCAAGGAAGGAUGACAAACCAAAGGAGGAUGAUAUUUUGCCAUUGAAAUAGCCCUAAAAAGAGAAGAAAUAUGUUUGAAAAUCCUCAAGAGAAGGUCAGAAAGCAAAGCUCUAAGAGGAGACUAAAAAGGAUAGAGACUCCUAGUACUAAUAAGACUUCUCAAAAUAGUCAGGAAUUUUCUCUUCCAACAUAUGAGAUGUCUCCUCCAAAAACUAGUGCAAAAUCGACCAAAAAGAGAUUACAGAAUUCUAAAACAGCAAAAAAAGUUGGAAAAAUGAAAAUCUGAAAUGAAGCUUGACAAGAAAGGAAGCUCCAAACCAAGGAAGAAUCAAAAACCUCCUGAAACUUCCUCAAAAAUUUCUGAAGUUUCAGAUAUGAGUCUCACUCAAUGACAUAAUCUCGGCCAAAAAAUCCUAAAAAGAAUGGAACAAUUAAAACCAAAUAUAUCACAUAUUAUACCCCAAGAGGUCCAAAAUUCAAUUCCAAAUGCUCAAAAUAGCUCAAAUCAAUCCAAUUCUGCUUCUAAACCAGAAAAACUACAAUAUGAUGAAACCUUAAAUACCUUCGAAGAGCUGACCGGUCCUGAACAUUGCUUAAACAACACAUAUUUAUCGUUAUUUUCAGUAAUUAACAAAUAACCU